AUGAUACGAUUCGGACACCAGGUCAAUGGAACUUGGGUUCUGAGCGCUCGGGAUCAGCAGAUUCUCAAUGGUGCAUUGUCUGUUGGGGUGUUCUGUGCUGCAAUCAUCACAGGCUUCCUGUCCGAUGCCUAUGGUCGGAAAAAGGCCAUGAUGAUUGGCAGUAUUAUCUGUUGCGCUGGUGUUAUGGUCCAAUACUAUGCUACAAGCAUCUUGAUGCUUUUUGGUGGGAAACUUGUCGCAACCCUGGGGUUUGGGAUUGGCCAUUCUGUAGCACCAGUCUUUGUAUCAGAGCUGGCACCGAGCUCAUUGAGGGGAAUCUGCCUUGCGCUCAUUCAUUUCGGUGAUGCAUAG